AUGUCGACGACACCCAAAAAAUCCGCUGCCACAAAUGGGGCAACAGGACCCAGUAACAAGACUACACCAGACCGAACAGCGGCCGACAACCGAACUGCGACGACCAAGUCUUCGAACGGCCUCCAACGAACCCCCUCUGGUCGCGCGUCGCCAGUUUCUGCUCGUGCCGCGGCACGCAAGCCCGGAAGAUCGAAUCUGAGUGUUUCUAACGUUCCAAAGAUUGCCAGCUCAGAUGCCUCCUCCUUUGAUGAUGAAGCGCGAGCUCAAAAUGCGGCGCUGAUCGACGAGUUGAAGGAGCAACUACAAAAAGCGGAGACGGCUUCGGAACAAUAUCACAAACAAUUGGGCGUUUUGCAGUCACGACUGGACGAUACUAUUACCGAGCAGCAGAAGUUAGAGGAUCAGGUGCACGAAAGGGACAGCAACGUUGAAGCUUUGAAUUCUCAGAUUCGGGACCAUGCUCGUCAACUGCGUGAUAUGGAACAGGCACACGAGCAGGAGCGGAAUGCGAUGCUGCAGGAUAAAGAACAACAGGCAAGUAGGGAGGAGGAGUUGCAGUCAACAAUUCAGCGUCUCAAAGAAUCGAUUGCUCAAAAGGACAUUCGAGUGAAUGCCGACAGCGACAAGAGCAACAUAUCCAGAUCUUCGAGUUUCCGAAAUCGGCCCUCGCCGGAUAUCGACAGCGGGCAAUUCGCUCCAUCGGCUCAGAUCGAACGCAGCCCGUCCAGAAACAACUCCAAGCUUCUGUUACAAAAGGACAAAUUGAUUGAGUCACUGCGAUUAGAGCUUGCGGAAUCUCAAAUCAAACUCGUCGAAAUGGAAAACAAAGGUGGUGGCUUACAGCAAGAGCUGGAGCGUGAGCUCCUAGAGGCCAGAAUGGCCAAUGCCCGUCUAAUGGAAGACAAUGAAAGCUACCAGCUUCUUUUGAGCGAAAAGACACUCAAUGGAGAUUUCACCAAAGGUGACUUUUUGCACGAGGCUCCUUCAGGCAUACCUCGCAGCAUGAGUGGCUCUCUGGCCGAUGAACUCGAAAAUGUUGGCGAGGGUAACAAUGCGGAAGUCCGCAAGUUGGAAGCCGAGUUGAAGACCUCGAAAGACCAGAACAAGGCUCUCACUCUUUAUAUAGAGAGAAUCAUUGGACGGUUGUUGCAGCACGAAGGAUUCGAACAUAUCCUGGAUAAGAAUGAUGACCCGCUACCGACUGCAAUCAAUUCAAAGACAGACAAGGAUCUGCCUCCACCACCACCAGACAAAGACGAGCCGUCUCUACUGCAACGCGCAAAAUCCGUUAUCAUGACCGGUCAGAAUCGACCACAGCCGAGAUCACGGCCUGUGAGCGUGAUGCCGCUUCCGACGUCAGUACCAUCUGCGCACGAGAACCCCGAAACAGCACCCAGUAUCCCUCUCGGACGCUCUCAAUCCGUGCGUACGGCCCAUCGCAGAUCUCGCUCUGACCAGGUAGGAGACCCUGCAAUGGCCGCUGCAGUUGUGGGCCAGAUGUACCGUGGUCCUUCAGGAAGUAGAAGCCCAUCAGGAGCUCCCUUGAGCCCAACGACCAUGGGACCAGGAUCUCGACAAAGCGGAAUUUUCGGAUCCUACAUGACCAACGGUAGCGUGCGGGCUCCAUCUCAAGGCAGUCAACCCGACCGCAAGAGACUUAGCAGCUCCGACAGUCUUUCCAGCGACGUCAAUGCAGAGGUGAGCUCUUUGGGAGCCACGUCUACGCCCCCGAGCCGAUCUAGUAGCAGCAUGAAUAACUACACUGGUGCGGUCAUGACGCAAAACAGAUUGCGUCCACUACGACUAGUGCAAGAAAAUCAAGAACCCUCUGAGGAAGAGGAGGCAGCAAACAAGCGAGCUAACAGAGCCAGCUGGAUGGGAUGGUUUAACCGUCCCACUUCCAAUCCUGUCCAGGAAGAAGCUCCCAAGCAGUGA